CACUUUCACUCAACACUCGGGUCCUUCUCAAAUCUACGUACGCCGUUUUGUGACCGGAAAUCCUGCUUUCAUAGUUUAAUCUGUUUAUUAGAGGCUUCUUCUGUCUUUUUUUAAAUUUCAAAAUGUUUUCCAUGUUUAAUUCCAUCCCAACUCACAUGGACUAUAAAGGUCAGAAACUUGCAGAGCAGAUUUUCCAAGGCGUCAUCCUGGUCUCAGCUGUCAUUGGGUUCAUUUACGGUCUGAUUAUUGAGCAGUUUGGAUGGACUGUUUAUAUAAUGUUAGCCGGAUUUGCCAUCUCCUGUUUGCUCACACUGCCUCCAUGGCCCAUGUACAGACGAAACCCUCUGACGUGGCAGCCUAUCGUACAGGAGACGCCUGAGACCCGUGAAAAGCCUCAGGAGAACUUAAAGAAGAAGAAACACAAGUAGAAGCGUGCUCUGCUCUGUUUGGGCUGCGGGACGACACGUACGUGCAGCGGACAUGGACGGCUUCAACAACUCACUUCACUGUUUUCAUGUAAAAUUCCACACAUGCUUAAUAAAAAAGAUUAUUUGUAUUAUA